UCUCCUCUGAUAACGACGUCAAGGUCCACAGUGAGCUGCUGGAGGAUGAAGAUGCCAGCAGCGGGCCAAGCACAACUAUGCUCCGUACGGCCUCGAAUCUCCACCUGCGGCCAUUGACAACUGUUGCCUUCUCACCAAAUCGGGACCAACUUGCCUUCGGAAGCGGCGAUGCUAUCGUCAGCGUGAGAUCCUUCGAGACCCUAGGCCUCGUUGG